UGGAAGCAUGGCUCUCCGUAAGUUCAACACACCGAGGUGAGCAUAGUUGGAAUCCAGAGCCCCGAAGGAUUCGAGAGCAGGCUGAAUUCUCUUCCUCCGUCUGACCCACAAACCCCUCCAGGAUCGACCACGGCUGCUGGGGGCCGUUGCUCCCUGCCUUCACUCUGCACCAGGGCUCUGUCGAACAAAUCCCUGCAGUCGAGCCAGGCAAACGAAGCAGGGGACGUUGGAGACCAAGAGGUCAGGUUACGAGGCAGCUCCAGGGACAGGACUGAAGGGAACCGAACUGGCCUCAGUUUUGCAGCUGGAGCAGAAACAGUGGGUGAGACCUGGUGCCCCGUGAAGACAUUUCCGUGCGACUCUCGGGGUGUGAGUGUGAGUGGCCGAGCCCAGAGGAGGCUCGGCGGGUGAGACCGGAAUACCUGUUUGCACAGGGAUCCUCACACGUGGCUGGAAACGCUCUGCAAAGCUGAGACAUUGACUCAGGACUGCAAGCCACGCCUGACCUCCUGCUCCAGCUAAAAGAGACGCCCCCAGAACAGAUUCAGCCAUAAAUGACAUGCCCAGGGGUUCCUGUGUCUAGGGACUGCAGGUGAACGGAGCCCUGGUUACACCCCGUAACGAAAGUCACUAAUGCCGACCCCUUCUGCUCUUGUCUAAGUUGGCUUCUCAGUUGACUGGGAGUCAUGGAGCCUCUCGAGAGUUGGGACAAGGUCCCGACCAACGAGAGCAUCUAUGCGAUCGUCCUCAAGAACAGCUCCAAUUCCAGCUCUCAAUUUACGGGCGUCCAGUUGAUCCAGUCCUUCAAACCCCUCAUCAUCCCCUGCUACGCCCUCGUGGUGCUCGUCGGCAUCUUCGGCAACUACCUGCUCCUCUACGUCAUCUGUAGGACCAAGAAGAUGCACAACGUCACCAACUUCUUCAUCGGGAACUUGGCUUUCUCCGACAUGCUGAUGUGCGCCACCUGCGUGCCGUUCACCCUGGCCUACGCCUUCAACCCGCAGGGCUGGGUCUUCGGGAAGUUCUUGUGCUACUUCGUGUUCCUGAUGCAGCCGAUGACGGUCUACGUGUCUGUCUUCACCCUCACGGCCAUCGCGGUGGACAGGUACUACGCCACGGUGCACCCGCUGAGGAAGCGCAUCUCCGUCCCCACCUGCGUGUACGUGGUGGGCGGGAUCUGGCUGCUGUCCUGCGCCCUGGUGGCCCCCGCCAUCGCCCACACGUACCACGUGGAGUUCCAGAAGGAAGGCUUUGCCAUCUGCGAGGAGUUCUGGAUGGAGGAGGAGGAGGAGCGCCUGGCCUACGCCUACAGCACCCUCAUCAUCACCUACAUCCUGCCCCUCUCCGCCGUCUCCCUCUCCUACAUCUGCAUCACGGUCAAGCUGAGGAACCGGGUGGUGCCCGGGCACCCGACCCAGAGCCAGGCAGAGUUCGACCGGGUGAGGAAGAGGAAGAUCUUCCGCCUCCUCGUGCUGGUGGUGGCGGCCUUCGGGGUCUGCUGGCUCCCCAUCCACGUCUUCAACAUCAUCCGGGACAUCGACAUCAACCUCAUCAACAAGCACUACUUCCUGCUCCUCCAGCUGCUCUGCCACUGGUUCGCCAUGAGCUCCUCCUGCUGCAACCCCUUCCUCUACGCCUGGCUGCACGACCGCUUCCGCAGCGAGCUGAAGAAGAUGUUCACCUUCCGGCAGAAGGUCGUCCCCGCCCAGAAUGGCGUCGCUGUCAGCGUGGUGCUCUGAGGCCUGGACCCGGGGCCCUCUGUGUUCCAAGGGCCCCGCAUCCCGUCUCUCCCUUGGCAUCCCCACCCGACGCCCGAGGAUCCACGCGCCCCCUCCUGAAACGCGGGCUCCUCGGAGGUGGGAGGG